GCCAGCCACAAGAGACUUUUGUGAGUCAGAAGUCAACAAAGCUAAAACGUCACCAUCUCCGGCGCCCAAUAAGUCUAUACUCGUUUUAUUUAAGGCCCUCUCAGUCCUCGCUCCUUUUACCGGGAAAAUUAGUACUCUGUUCAACACGGCUGAACGUAAACGCGCGGCCAUUAAAACCUCACCGAGUGUAGAGAAACAGACGAUGGCUACGAACGGCCUCGACCGCUCCAGCAGCGGCAAGCCUGUACCUGGUAAAACUCCCAAUGGCGUACAGGAGAAGACAUUCCAAAACACUGCAGAGGAGUUGAGACAAAAGAAAAUUGACGAAUGGCUUCCGAUGACCUCUUCCAGGAAUGCCAAGUGGUGGUAUUCCGCUUUCCACAACGUUACUGCCAUGGUUGGCGCUGGUGUCCUCGGCCUUCCUUUUGCCAUGUCUCAGCUCGGAUGGGGACCUGGUGUUGCGAUGAUGGUGAUGUCAUGGAUAAUCACUCUAUACACAUUGUGGCAAAUGGUUGAGAUGCAUGAGAUGGUUCCGGGGAAGCGUUUUGACAGAUACCACGAGCUGGGGCAGGAGGCUUUCGGUGAAAAGCUGGGACUUUGGAUCGUUGUCCCCCAACAGCUGGUGGUUGAGGUCGCUGUGGAUAUUGUGUACAUGGUCACAGGUGGAAAGUCCCUCAAGAAAUUCCAUGACUUGGUCUGCAAAGACUGCAAAAACAUCAAACUCUCCUACUUCAUCAUGAUCUUCGGUUCUGUCCAUUUCGUCCUCUCCCACCUUCCCAACUUCAACUCCAUCUCCGGGGUGUCUCUAGCAGCAGCAGUCAUGUCAUUGAGUUACUCCACCAUUGCUUGGGGGGCUUCUGUGGACAAAGGCGUGCAACCGAAUGUGGACUAUAGCUACAGAUCUUCAACGACUAGUGGCACUGUUUUCGACUUCCUGAGUGGGUUGGGUGAUGUGGCUUUCGCUUUUGCAGGUCACAAUGUGGUGUUAGAGAUUCAAGCCACUAUCCCUUCCACAUCUGAAGCCCCUUCCAAGGGACCCAUGUGGAGGGGAGUGCUUGUAGCGUAUAUCGUUGUGGCCUUGUGCUACUUCCCUGUUGCCUUCAUCGGCUACUGGGUGUUUGGAAACCAUGUGGAAGACAACAUUCUAAUCUCCUUGCAGAAACCUACCUGGCUCAUUGCUAUGGCCAACCUCUUUGUCGUUAUUCAUGUCAUUGGAAGUUAUCAGAUCUAUGCAAUGCCCGUUUUUGAUAUGUUGGAGACAUUGCUAGUUAAGAAACUGAACUUCGAGCCUACUUGGUACCUGCGUUUCAUUACCAGAAACAUAUACGUGGCAAUCACAAUGUUUCUUGGAAUCACAUUUCCUUUCUUUGGUGGGCUACUUGGAUUCUUUGGAGGAUUUGCUUUUGCCCCGACAACAUACUUUCUGCCAUGUGUGAUGUGGCUAGCUAUUUGCAAGCCGAAGAAAUACAGUCUUUCUUGGAUCACAAACUGGGUUUGCAUUGUUCUGGGAGUUCUCUUGAUGAUUUUGGCACCCAUUGGUGGGCUACGGAAUAUCAUCGUGCAAGCCAAAGACUACAAAUUCUACUCUUAAUUAUAACACAAACUCGCUCGUUUGCUACAAAUAUCUAUACAAAUAUAGUACAUUAGUUUUAUACGGAGUAGUUAAUUUGCUCUGUACAUUUAUACAAAUACAGUAAAUUAAUGUUAUAGUUAAUUUUAUAUAAGCUUCUGAGGGAAUGCAAGAAAUUAAUAUCUGGAUGUAAGGCAACGUGCUGGCCUUUUCUUCACUCUUGCAAUGUACCCUUUUUAUUACAUACACAUACAUCCAAACCUCUACCACAAAUAUUCUUACAUCAUUCUUAAUUGAUUGCUAUUUAAGAGUUAUGUAAAAUGAUUCUCUAGUAAAUUUCACCUUGUGUAUCAAUUUUCGGCCAAUGUAAUACUUUAUCAUAGUGUAUUCCAUUCAGGCUGUAAAGUUGGUAAAGUCUCGGUUGUUGAUAGUGUAAAAUUUGGUCUGCAAAUGUUUGAAUUAUACAGAAGGUGAAACAAUCCUCAGUUUAUUACGCC